CCGGCUGCACCCACGGCUCUGUGGGUGCCACGCAGGGCACGGGGUGGGGUCCACCAUGUCAUCGUAUCAGAAGGAACUGGAAAAGUACAGAGACAUAGAUGAAGAUGAGAUCCUCAGGACCCUGAGCCCCGAAGAGCUGGAGCAGCUGGACUGUGAGCUGCAGGAGAUGGACCCUGAGAACAUGCUCCUCCCAGCGGGGCUGCGACAGCGUGACCAGACCAAGAAGAGCCCCACAGGCCCCCUGGACCGAGAGGCGCUCCUGCAGUAUCUGGAGCAGCAGGCGCUGGAGGUCAAAGAGCGGGAUGACCUGGUGCCCUACACCGGCGAGAAGAAAGGAAAACCCUUCAUUGAACCCAAGAGGGAAAUUCCAGCCGAGGAGCAGAUCACCCUGGAGCCUGAGCUGGAGGAAGCUCUGGCCCACGCCACUGACGCCGAGAUGUGCGAUAUUGCAGCAAUCCUGGGCAUGUACACGCUCAUGAGCAACAAGCAGUACUAUGAUGCCAUCUGCAGCGGAGAGAUCUGCAACACGGAGGGGAUCAGCAGUGUGGUGCAGCCUGACAAGUAUAAACCAGUGCCAGACGAGCCCCCAAAUCCCACGAAGAUUGAGGAGAUCCUCCAGAGUGUCCGUGGCAAUGACAAGGAGCUGGAGGAGGUGAACCUCAAUAACAUACAGGACAUCCCAAUGGCCAUGCUGACCGAGCUGUGUGAGGCAAUGAAGACGAACACCCACGUCCGGUCCUUCAGUCUGGCAGCCACCAAGAGUGGAGACCCUAUUGCCAACGCGGUGGCGGACAUGCUGCGUGAGAAUCGCAGCCUCCAGAGCCUGAACGUUGAAUCCAACUUCAUCAGCAGCAUGGGGCUCAUGGCCGUGCUGAAAGCCGUCCGGGAGAAUGCCACGCUCACGGAGCUCCGCGUGGACAAUCAGCGCCAGUGGCCCGGUGACGCAGUGGAGAUGGAGAUGGCCACCGUGCUCGAGCAGUGCCCCUCCAUCGUCCGGUUUGGCUACCACUUCACCCAGCAGGGCCCUAGGGCCCGGGCAGCUCAGGCCAUGACCCGGAAUAAUGAACUUCGUGAGUGA